GCUGCCAUCCUCGCCUCCGCCGCCCCGGCGGCUCCGCGCAGCGCCCGCGCAGCGGGUCGGCAUCUUCAUGGGCUGCCACCAUGCUUGGGCCCUGGAGAUUUCGGGCGAAGCUAGUUUUGCAGAACAUUGGGAAUAAGCGCUAUGUCAGAUAUGGAUGAGACUCCGAAGAUGACCUGCAUGUUUUACAUUUUUCACAAAUUUUGGGAAAUAAAAUGUAUGCUUGCUGCUCUACAGUAACUUUGGAACAGGACCUCAACAAAAAAAUGCAUAUCUGGAUGCUGCAGACGAUCGCGUUUGCUUUAACAUCACUAGUCCUUUCCUGGGCAGAAAGCAUCGAGUAUUAUGGGGAAAUCUGUGAUAAUGCGUGUCCUUGUGAGGAGAAGGACAGCAUCUUAACAGUGAGCUGUGAAAACAGAGGGAUCAUCAGCCUUUUUGAGAUCAGUCCACCAAGGUUCCCUGUUUACCACCUCUUGUUGUCUGGGAACCUUUUGAACAGGCUGUACCCAAACCAGUUUGUCAAUUACACGGGGGCUUCGAUUUUGCAUCUGGGGAGCAAUGACAUACAAGACAUCGAAACUGGGGCCUUUCAUGGUCUGAGAGGUUUAAGGAGGCUGCACUUGAACAAUAACAAGUUGGAACUUUUACGGGAUGACACUUUCCUUGGGCUAGAGAGUUUGGAAUAUCUACAGGUCGAUUAUAAUUAUAUUAGCGUCAUUGAACCCAAUGCCUUCAGCAAACUGCAUUUGUUGCAGGUGCUGAUUCUCAAUGAUAACCUCCUCUCCAGUUUGCCCAACAACCUUUUCCGUUUUGUGCCCUUAACUCACCUGGACCUGCGGGGUAACCGGCUGAAGCUGUUGCCCUAUGUGGGCCUCCUGCAGCACAUGGAUAAAGUGGUGGAGCUGCAGCUGGAGGAAAACCCCUGGAAUUGCUCUUGUGAGUUGAUUGCUUUAAAGGAUUGGCUGGACAGUAUCUCAUACUCCGCUCUGGUGGGAGAUGUGGUUUGCGAGACCCCUUUCCGCUUACAUGGUCGAGACUUGGAUGAAGUCUCUAAGCAGGAGCUUUGCCCCAGGAGGCUCAUCUCUGAUUAUGAAAUGAGACCUCAGACACCAUUGAGCACUACAGGGUAUUUCCACACUACCCCGGCCUCAGUCAACUCUGUGGCCACUUCUUCUUCAGCUGUUUACAAAUCCCCCUUGAAGCCCCCCAAAGGGACCCGCCAACCCAACAAGACAAGGGUGCGCCCCACCUCCCGCCUGCCCUCAAAAGACCUGGGAUACAGCAACUAUGGCCCCAGCAUUGCCUACCAGACCAAAUCCCCGGUGCCUUUGGAGUGCCCCACUGCCUGCACUUGCAACUUACAGAUUUCUGACCUGGGCCUCAAUGUCAAUUGUCAGGAGAGGAAGAUUGAGAGCAUUUCUGAACUGCAACCCAAACCCUAUAAUCCUAAGAAGAUGUAUUUGACGGAAAACUACAUUGCGCUGGUACGCAGGGCAGAUUUUGUGGAUGCCACUGGGCUGGAUUUGCUGCAUCUGGGCAAUAAUCGGAUCUCGGUCAUUCAGGACCGGGCUUUUGGGGAUUUAACUAAUUUGCGAAGGCUGUACCUGAAUGGGAACCGGAUCGAGCGGCUGAGCCCAGAGCUGUUCUAUGGGCUGCAAAGCCUGCAGUACCUCUUCCUGCAGUACAACGUCAUCCGGGAGAUAGAGGCAGGCACUUUUGAAUCUGUCCCCAACCUUCAGCUCUUGUUUUUGAACAACAAUCUGCUGAGGUCUUUGCCAGGGAACAUUUUUUCUGGUCUAUCUCUCUACAGGCUGAGCCUGCGGAGCAACCACUUCUCCUACCUGCCGGUGAGCGGGGUGCUGGACCAGCUGAAAUCCCUGCUGCAGAUCGACCUGCACGAGAAUCCCUGGGACUGCACCUGCGACGUGGUGGGCAUGAAGCUGUGGCUGGAGCAGCUCAACACCGGUGUCCUGGUGGACCAGGUUAUCUGCGAGUCCCCUAAGAAGUUUGCCCAGAGCGACAUGCGGGCCGUCCGGGCGGAGCUGCUGUGCCCCGACUACUCGGACAUCGUCGUCUCCACGCCCACGCCAUCCCCGGGCCAGCUGCCAGCCAGGACCACCCCCUCCUCCUCCACCGUGCGCCUCAAUGGCACGGCGGCGGCGGCGGGCGGCUCCGCGCCCGCGGGCGGCGCAGGCGGCGGCAGCUCCUCGGUGCCGCUCUCGGUUCUGAUCCUCAGCCUGCUGCUUGUCUUCAUCAUGUCCGUCUUCGUGGCGGCGGGACUCUUCGUCCUGGUGAUGAAGCGGCGCAAGAAGGGCCAGGGCGACCACGCCAGCGCCAACAACUCCGACGUGAGCUCCUUCAACAUGCAGUACAGCGUCUACAGCGGCGGCGGCCACCACCACCACCCCCACCUGCAGCAGCACCCGCCCCACCGCGGCGGCGGCGGCGGCGGGGGCGCGGCGCUGCCCAAGGUGAAGACCCCCGCCGGCCACGUCUACGAGUACAUCCCGCACCCCCUGGGCCACAUGUGCAAGAACCCCAUCUACCGCUCCCGGGAAGGCAACUCGGGCGAGGAUUACAAAGACCUUCACGAGCUCAAGGUCACCUACAGCAGCCACCCCCUGCCACCCGGGGGGGGCGCGCCGCCGCCCCCGCCACCUCCGGCGCCCGGCGGGGAGGAUGCGCCGGCGCGCAGCCCCGCGUACAGCGUGAGCACCAUCGAGCCGCGGGAGGAGCUGCUCUCGCCGGUGCAAGACGCCGAUCGCUUUUACAGGGGCAUUUUGGAGCCCGACAAACACUCCCCCUCCACGCUGGGUACCCCCGGCUCCACCCUCCCUGACUACCCCAAGCUCCCCGCCGCCUACACGUACUCCCCCAACUAUGACCUUAGGGGUGCCCACCAGUACUUGCACCCGGGGCCGGGGGACGCCAGGCUCCGGGAGACGGUGCUCUACAGCCCCCCGAGUACUGUCUAUGUAGAGCCCAACAGGAACGAGUAUCUGGAGCUUAAAGCAAAACUAAACGCAGAGCCGGACUACCUCGAAGUGCUGGAAAAACAGACCACAUUCAGCCAGUUCUGAGAAACAGCCCCCCCGCCCCCCGUCCCCUCGCCAGUCUCAGCAGCUCCUUCUCUAGAGUAUUUGUAUUUAACAACCACACGCAAAACAAAGAAACGUAAAUGCUGACCUCCCUACACACACACACCUCGACCCCCUCCUCUUUUCUCCCCUUUAAUUCAUUUUAUUGUAGGGUGAAGUGCCUUGGCACAGGACUUUUCAGCUUCGGGGAAUGAUUCUG